AUGACGUCUAAAAUUGAUAAUCCUCCACCCUAUGAGGAUGCACUGCAUCAUCCUAAGUGUGGAAACUACCCCCACCAGCCACAACAUGGCUCCCUUCUUCCACCACCUCCAUCCUACAGCCCCAGUCCUGGCAUGUGCCCCGGCCCGCCCGGCUACUGGGGCCAGGAGGGUGUCUACCCGCAGGCUGGGAUGUGGGCCGCCCCUGGCUUCUCUCCAUCUGGGGUGCCCACCACAAUACCAACCCUGUCUGCCGGAGUGCCUGCCUCCAGUCCAGGAGACAUGGAGGAUUUUCUGAGCUCCCAGUGGGAAAGCACAUCUGUUCGGCAUGCCUUCAUUAGAAAGGUUUACUUCAUUUUAGCUGCGCAGCUCGCCGUCACCUUUUCAGUUGUUGCUGUCUUUACAUUUGUUGACCCAGUGAGGCUGUUUGUCAUCAGAUACCCUGGCAUCUACUGGGCAUCUCUUGUGGUUUAUUUUGUGGUUUACUGCAUCCUCAUCUGCUGCAAGGAGCCGAGGAGGCGCUUCCCAUGGAAUGUUGUGCUGCUGGGGGUAUUUACGCUCGCCUUGUCUUACAUGGCGGGGACAAUUUCGAGCUAUUAUGAAACAAAAGCAGUGUUUCUCGCCAUGGGGAUAACAGCAGUAGUUUGUAUAGCUGUCACAAUCUUCUGCUUCCAAACCAAGGUGGACUUCACCUCCUGUGGGGGAUUUCUGUGCAUUGCUGCCAUUUUGCUCAUGAUCAUUGGGAUUGUUACAGCCAUCGUCCUCUCCUUCCAAUAUGUCCCUUGGCUGCAUAUGCUCUACGCUGCAAUUGGAGCCAUCGUUUACACUCUGUUUUUAGUAUACAACACGCAGCUUCUUAUUGGAAAUCGGGAGUUGGCCAUCAGCCCAGAGGAGUACAUCUACGGCGCUCUCUCUCUCUACGUUGACAUUGUUCACAUCUUCCUCUUCAUCCUUCAAGUCAGUGGAGCUGCUACUGAAUAAGCCCAUGGUUAAAUUUUGGACCGACAGGAUGUCAUGUUUGUGUUUUAUUAAACAUAAUGCUAUGUGUACAUGUGUGUCACUUAGGGAUUUCAACACUGCUAGCUGGUAAGAAAGCAUCCUAUUGAUUUGACUAUAUACAAAGUUUAUUUUUCACGUCAAUAACACUUGAGCACUUUGAUUCUUGUGCUGUAUGGAGCAAGGCGGUGAAUUAAGCCUUUCAUUUAUCCAGC